CACCAAGGAGAUGAGGCUGUCCAUCCUGGCAGACCUCCACGUGGAGAUGAACCCCGAAGAGAACCUGGAGCUGGUGACCUCUGACUGCAAACCCACCCUGGAGGAGGUGCAGAGCACCGAGGAGAUGGACAGCAAGUCCUCGGGAUCGGACUUGGACAAGCAGAUCAACGUAGAAAAAGUUUGCCUGGAAGUGGCCAAAUUGCUGCUUUUCCCAAACGAACGGCUGAUGUCUCUGGCAGCUCCAUUCCCCAUCACACCAAACUGCCAAGUCCAGUACCUGCCCCUGGCUGCCCCCAUGUACUCUGAGCAGGGAAUUAUCAUCUCUUUGCAAACAACGUUCCAAGUG